GACCGUCGAGACAAAUAAAUUGCGAGUUCAACGACAUUGGAAUCUAAACAUUUUUUUUGCGAAUAUACCAUGAAGAAAGCAUUGCGGAAAUAAUACUUAGGGCCAAUUAAGUGAUAAUUCGAUUCAAAUGAACCAAAUACGUCAGCGAAAUUUGAGCCUGGGUUAGGGGAAUGUAAUCAUUGGAUUGAAAAUCUUGCAGGCGAAGUAACUUUUCGUGGUUCUUAUGAAAUGCACUAUCAAUGGUCGUGGGCUUAUCAAUGGAUUGGUGGAGCAAACAAGUUGUGCAUGUGCACCGAUCGUAAGAGUAUUGGGACUUGUUCUGGAUGCAAUCGGACGAUUUCGCAUCGCGUGAAUAAGAGAGUGUGGAGAAGAUCAGUGGGCAGUGACGAGACGUGACCUUUGUCUUGCUUUUUCAGUAGCUUAUUGAUGUGCCCAGACUAACUUGUUCUACAUCCCUCGUUUCUCCAGUACAUUCUCUCAGUCAAUCAUUACCAUUUGCCAAUUUAGCAUCAAAAGUUCUUCAGUGAAAUUUCUGCUUUAGAGCUAGAAACAACCUCCAGUUAUCUCUUAAUUUCUGUAUAUUAAAUUUAUUGGUGGUUUUGUGUGCAAAUAUUUCAAAUAUGGUGGUGAACUUUGGAGCUGGACCGGCUAAAUUGCCUGCAGAAGUUCUAUUGGAAGUGCAGAAGGAACUUGUGCAUCAUGGCAAUUCGGGCAUGAGUGUCAUGGAAAUGUCCCAUCGUGGGGCGGACUACAAUAAAAUCCACGAGGAGACCAUUAGCACACUCCAAGAACUUCUAGACAUUCCGGAUGACUACCAAGUUUUGCUACUUCAAGGCGGCGGAACAGGUCUCUUUGCAGCUGUUUGCCUCAAUCUUAUGGGGCGAACAGGGGUUGCUGAUUACGUUGUAACUGGUUCAUGGUCAGCCAAAGCUGCUAAGGAAGCAGCUAAAUAUGGAAAAGUGAAUAUGGUAAUCCCAAAAACUAACAAAUACACCGGCGUUCCUGAUCAGAAAACCUGGAAACUCGAUCCGAACGCUUCGUACUUGUACUACUGUGACAACGAAACCGUACAUGGGGUUGAGUUCAACUUCAUUCCGGAGACAAAUGGGGUACCCAUUGUCUGUGAUAUGUCGUCAAAUAUCCUAUCACGACAUUUCGACAUCAGAAAGUUCGGCUUGGUUUUUGGCGGAGCUCAAAAGAAUAUCGGACCUUCUGGUAUAACCGUCGUAAUCGUUCGUAAGGACUUGAUGGGUAACGCUAUGACCGUAACGCCGUCGAUCUUCGAUUUCGCAGUUGUAGCUAAGGACAACUCCAUUCACAACACUCCGCCGACUUUUAUAAUCUACGUCAUGGGACGAGUCUUUGCAUGGAUUAAACGACAAGGAGGCAUUAAGGCCAUGUACGAAAAUUCCAUUAAGAAAUCCCAAAUGAUUUACAAUGAAAUAGCUCGGUCUGGAGGAUUCUACGGUUGUCCAGUCAACGAGGACUCCCGUAGUAGGAUGAACGUACCCUUCCGUAUUGGGAGUAUUGAAGGAGAUGAAGCUUUAGAAAAGGAAUUCCUCAAAGGAGCUGAAGCUCGCAAAAUGGUCCAACUUAAGGGACAUCGUUCAGUUGGAGGCAUUCGUGCCUCACUCUACAAUGCCGUCACUAUCGAAGACGCUGAGGCUCUUGCCAAGUACAUGAGGGAAUUUUUUGAACAACACAAAAAAUAAUCCUUUUGAAUAUUCACAUCAAUUUUAUUCAUUCAACUUUGUGUAAGAACUAAUUUGGCACUGAAUAAACACAGAGACAUUUAGAUAA